AUGGCGGGCUGGGUUUAUAAACCUCCGCGCCCUCUCCACACGUGAGUUCUGAAGGCCACUCGUCUCCACGCUCUGUCACGUAUGCACAUGCGGCAAAGUCCGACAGCCUCAGCCUCGCAUCCUCACGAGAGAAGCAAGAGACGGCUCUUCAUCAUGAGGUCCUUCUUCCUACUGUUCUUCACCCUGCUGUUGGUGUCCCACGGAUCUACAGCAGUCAUCACAGGGGCCUGUGAGAAGGACUCUCAGUGUGGAGGACGGAUGUGCUGUGCGGUGAGUUUGUGGUUCCGCAGCCUGCGGAUGUGCACGGCCGCGGGCUGGGAAGGAGACAACUGUCACCCCAUGAGCCACAAGGUUCCUUUCGCUGGGAAAAGACUCCACCACACGUGCCCCUGCAUGCCCAACUUGUCGUGUAUCACCUUAGUGCAGGGAAUGUCCAAAUGUCUCUCGACAUACGAGUAUCCAGACUACUUCUGA